CAAUGGCGUUUUUUCUCAGUAUAUUUCAUCGGUAGUUGAUGUAAAAAGUGAUCAAAAACAUUAAGCAAAUAACUACUUCUAAUGAACUUAGGAUAUCUUGAAUAUGCAAGUGUUGGAAAGAUACGUUAUUUGACCUGAAUAAUCAUUCAAAACCAGUGCGACGUUUUCCCAUUCGAAUCCUUUACAUGAAUGGAAAAUGGAACUAGAGCCUCAAGAAUGGAACCUGACAAAUAGUCAGGAUUUUCCAAGUGACAGUAACAAGUUUGAAGAAUCUAAUAAACAUGAACAUCCAGAUGACACUGGAACCGUAUCAACCAAAAAACGAAAGUUAAGUGAGGACAGUGAAAACCUUGAAUGUCUGAACUCGCUUAGACAUAUAUGUGAGGCAGUCUUGGGGGAUGAUGCUUCUACCCUUCCAGCUGCUCUACCGACUGAGCAAAGUGAUGUAAAACAAAACAUAACAAGCACACAAAAGAAGAAAAAGAAAAAGAAAGUAGUAACUGAAGCUGCCAACAAAUCUAAAGAAGUCAAACCGAAAAAUGAAAAAUUGAAAGCUCAUAUGCGUAAAAACAUUAGAGAUAUUCUUAAAGGAGAUGAGCUUGAGGCAGAAACAAGAGCUGCUCAACAGAGAGAAAUUGAAAGAGUGCAAAGAAUCCAACAACAACAACAACAACAAGUUCCAGAAUGCAGUUAUAUCCCACAUUUUGAUGAAGAAGACAAUAAUACACCUGUUUCAACCUUGGUUGAGGAUUUGCAAGCACUAGCACAAGAGUUAGAAGACAGCACACUUUCUCCAGAUAUACCAAUACAAUUCUUGGAAAACAACCAGCACUUCAAACAAACCUCACAGCCCCCUACUGUUGAUACAGUUAAGAAUGACAAUCAUGAAAUGUGUUUGCAAAAACAAGUUUAUGAUGAUGUGAUAUGCCUUUCAAGUGAUGAUGAAGAAUAUCCUCCUAAACCGACACCUCAAGCUCCAGCCUGUUCUAAGCACUAUGUCCCUGAUGAUGACGACGAUGAUGUUGUCAUACUCUCUGGUGAUGAUGAAAAGCCGGAAUUAAUUGAAGAAGACAGUGAUGUUCAUAAUUUCGGCCUUCACACGAGAGAUGAACUUAAUAAGCCAGAUAGUGAAGGUCGAGUUUUGGUAAAUGUAGGGCACCCAUCCAGCGAAGGCGACAUUUUCCUAGCUCCACAACUAGCUAGGGCAGCCAAAGCUCAUCAGAUAGGAGGCAUCCGUUUUCUGUACGACAAUGUUGUGGAGAGCUUAGAACAAUUUUCUAGUUCAGAGGGAUUUGGCUGUAUUUUGGCACAUUCAAUGGGCCUUGGUAAAACUUUUCAGGUGUGCGCCUUUUCAGAAGUUUUCUUACGCCACACCAAAGCGAGAACUAUAUUGAUCAUUGUUCCGAUUAACACUAUUCAAAAUUGGGUUUCUGAGUUUAACCAUUGGUUACCGUCGGAACUAAGUCCUGAUAUGAAUGAAGCCGAUCCUCCUGUACAACUUCGCAGUUUCAAUCUGCACGUUUUGAAUGACACAACAAAAGACCUCAACUCGAGAUCUAAGGUAAUAGCUGAUUGGGCAAGUCAAGGCGGUGUCCUUCUUAUCGGAUACGAGUUAUAUCGGCUCUUUUAUACACAACGAGAGAGUAAAGAGAAGAAACGAUCGAAAGUUCCAAAAAAGAAAAAAGUUUCAGGAUUUAUUGAUUUGGAAGAAGAAGAAAAAGAGAAAGGACGACUUGAAAACAUUUAUCAAGCGUUAGUCAACCCUGGACCAGAAUUGAUAAUCUGCGAUGAAGGCCACCGCAUCAAGAACAUGAAAACAUCCAUCUCAGUUGCGCUAAAAGAAGUUCGCACGCGGCGUCGAGUGGUUUUGACAGGGUAUCCGUUACAGAAUAACCUUCUUGAGUACUGGUGCAUGGUAGACUUUGUUCGGCCGAACUUUCUCGGUACGAGAACCGAAUUUGGAAAUAUGUUCGAACGGCCAAUUCAGAAUGGGCAAUGUGUGGACAGUAACCCGGCUGACGUGAAACUUAUGAAAGAACGGGUCUAUGUACUGCAUUCUUUAGUUAAGGGUUUCGUUCAGCGAAGAAGUCACGCAGUGUUACGUAAUAGUCUUCCUCAUAAAGAAGAACAUGUACUUCUCUUAAGGAUGACGAAGUUACAACGAGAACUCUAUAAACACUACAUGUCUCAGCUUUUGCUGAAUAAAUCAGUGUCCAAUCCACUGAAAGCGUUUGCCGUUUGCCUCAAGAUUUGGAACCACCCCGAUGUCUUGUUUAACUUUUUCAAGAAAGGAAAGGAUGACCUCGACCUGGAAUUGGACGAAGAAGCACCCGAAAAUCGAAAAAAGAAGAAAAAUUGUGCCGUCACAAAUGUUCCAUUAAUGCCUUCGCUUCCUACUCCUAUUUCUGUUCCUACUGAUGAUGAAGCUGGAGACAGUAGACAAUCAGUCCUUAUAGCAGGCUCCUUUACUGAUCAAGGAGCCAAUGACUGUGCCAAAGAGAAAAAAGAUGAGGUCGCAUCCUUAGAUUGGGCGAACGAAAUAUUAAAAGGGUACAUCCCCGGUGAUGUUGAAAAUGCUGCCAAAACGAAAAUUUUUUUCACCAUACUUGAGGAGUCUGUUAAAAUUGGAGAUAGGCUCCUUGUAUUUAGCCAGUCCCUGUUCACUCUAAAUAUGCUUGAAGAAUUUCUGCAGCAACGCCCAAUUCCACUGCGGGGAGAAGAGCAUUGGUGCAAGAACAAAUCUUAUUUUCGUUUGGAUGGCAGUACCACCGGCAUGGAACGCGAAAAACUUGUCAACGAGUUCAAUGCCAAUGCCGAUAUUUUGCUUUUUCUAAUAUCAACCCGUGCGGGAAGCCUCGGCAUCAACUUGAUUGGUGCAAAUCGUGUCAUCGUUUUUGAUGCUUCCUGGAAUCCCUGUCACGAUGCCCAAGCAGUCUGUAGAGUUUACCGAUAUGGUCAACAAAAACAAUGCUUCAUUUACCGGAUGGUGACUGACAAUUCCCUUGAGAAAAAAAUCUACGACCGACAGAUUGGCAAACAGGGAACGGCGGAUCGCGUUGUCGACGAACUGAAUCCCGAGGCUCGACUGUCUUUGAAAGAAGUUACGAGCCUUGUUUGCGACGACGAAGAUGACCCACCUCCCAAAGAUUUUGGAGAUGCUUACAACCACGAUUCAAAACUUAGAAUUACGGAUUCAAUUUUAGGGCAGGUUUUGCAGCGCUGGGGCAGUAGUUUUACCAAAGAUCCCUUCGAGCAUGGCACACUUCUGUUGGAGGGCAAGGAUUCAGGAUUAUCGAAGGCCGAAAAACGAAUGGCACAGCGCCUCUACGAAAAAGCCAAACUGGACGGCAGUAUGCAAUACAGACGUCAGAACUACUCGUCAUACUAUCCCAAAAUGCCAGUUCCCAUUCCAUCGAUGGACAAUAGUAACGGUGCUUACGGUCGCCCAAAUCCGAUGUACUUGUCUGGCCGCCCAUCUAAUAUUCCGAUCAAGCACACCACCAGCUCGCCUCUCCAAGGGAUGGGUAUGGAUUUAUUGGCUGAAGCGCUGGCUCAAGGCAAAUUAAUCUGCAAAGAAAUGGUACUCACAAAAGACGUGACGAUCGCUAGAAAUCAGAUAUCUGGAGGAACAGGCGAAACGUCGCCAAUAGUUUUAUCGUCCGGAACCAGGGUGAAAUUGAUAAAAACGCCGAAAGGCAUCUACAUGCAAACGCCGGAAGGAAAAAUUUUUCGUAUUCAUUCAGCCGCACCUGCUACGCCAGCAUCUCCUUCAGCAAUUGCUGCAGCCCUCGGCUUGAAUCUUAAAACUCCCUACUCUUCUAUCGGUGUUCAGGAUACACCAGCAGUAUUGCCCUCAUACAGUGGAGGGUCCAAAUCUUCUCUGAUGGAACAGUCGAUGUUGAAACGGAUACGGGAAAUGCAGCAAAAAUCUUCAAUUGCCGAAAGCGCUAAGCAAGUGAUAUCGUUUAACGAUAAAAGCGCACUCUUGGCUCAGAUCCGGCAGAAUCUAGCUGGAAAUAAGGGGCUCGGAAAUACCCUGGGCAACAUAACUACGAAAAUGAGUAGAAGUUCAUCUACCACCUCAAAAGAUCUUCCCUCGGUUGCCAAUAAUUCGAGUCUCACUCACUUCGCUAAACAGCUAGCCAGUUUGGCUCAAAAAUCAGCCGCGGACUUGUUGACUGAUGUAGGAGUCGGUUGUAGUCAGUCAGACUUUGAUAGCACUAGCAAUAGUGGCAUGUCUCCGAAAAGAACUUCGAGUCUGUUAGAUCCCAAAGCAAGGGCACUGCCAAGUGCUUCACUGCCCAAGAAGGUGGCUACAGUUACCCCCAACGUGUCGAAAGCUCGAAUUUUUACACCACGCCGUCCUACGGCCACGGUGGAACCUCUUUCAAAAAUACCUCCUAUCGUAGAUCAUUCGUCACCGAUGGAUUCAUCCCUGGUUUCCAGGACUAUUUCUUCUACUCCGACGGCUCUCUCGGCCCUGUCUACUUUAUCUGCAUCUCCUUUAUCUGCAGUGAAGUCUCCAAACUUUAAUCGACCUUCUGAAUUUUCAUCUGAUCUCGUUGAUUUUGCCACGAAAAACGCAGAGGAGCGUCAGCCUGCUCUGGACAGCAGUGCAAGUACUCGGAAUGGAAGUGGUAUUUUUGAUAAUCUCUCUUUGGCUUCCCAGUUGGAGGGUUUUGCUUCAUGCACAUCUGCUGCAGCGAGACCAACUGCCGAAAGUCUGAAGGACUUGCUGAAACCUGUAAGCAAUGCAGCUGGCGAAACCAUCGUGACUGGUUUACAGUGGAGUGGUGACCAAACAACAGCUGGUGGAAUACCUUCGUGGUCAGAUUCUCAACAAUUUUCUACCAGCCAACAGCAAUGGAACAAUACGGGGCAGUGGAACGAUGCUGCAUCAACCAGCAGUCAAGUAAACUGGCCCUGGUCAUCGCAACAGCUACAGCCUCAACAAUGCCAAGCAAAUUUCGCCAGCGCAAGUCGUAUUGGGAGCUCUUCAUCAUCAGGUCCUACAACCCCAUCAACAGAUUCAUACAAUCAGUAUUCCAACAACUUCGACACAGAUAACCAGUGGGUGAGCUACAAUAAUAUGACUAGUGCAGCUAACGCUACCUAUCCCUCACAUUCCCUACCACCACCUAAUGGACAUUAUUCUACACCUCCUUACUUCCCUACUUCGUACUUCGGCUCAAAUGCGCCCGUAACUCCGGCUUAUGCGACCUAUCCACAAAAUUCACAACCAGGAUAUAAUACAUUGGACGGUAGCAAUUUCAACAACCAGUAUAAUAAUCACGGGGGUAACGAUUUCACACCAAACUACUCUCAACCCUACCCCGGUAGCUAUUCGCAGUGAAGGCGCUGUGCAUCACAUAAGAAGUCACCCUGAAAUUUUGCUUAGGCAUUCAAUUUUUGGUUUAUUUGCCGUUAUUUAAUUGGUCGAGGGAAAACUUGUUGGCUGAUGUUAUGACUUAAGAUUUAGCUAUGCUUUCGCUUGCCGCGCAGUAAGUGGCAAACAUCAGCUAUAGUAAAGAUGAUCAAAUUGCAUUAUAACUGCUGUCUAUAUUCGUACGGUUUUCUCUGUAUAAAAGGUGAAUGUGUGACGAACAUUUGAGAUUCUUCUAUUGAAAGCUGCCGUAUUUGUACGAUGUUUCCCAUUUGGCCUCGGUGUCGCCUGUCCUUCAUACCUCCUCUUUCUGAACCUUUAAUUGUUUGUUAUUGUGCCGUGAACGAGGGAAGUGGAGCAAAUUUAGUGUCAACGUGACGACUAGUUAUGAAUAAAUUUGAAACACUGCGAA